AUGAACCUGAGGCUUGAAUUAACUCGGUUUCUGAACCUAUGCUUCGCUCUUGCGUCAGCAUUUAUGUUCUGGAAAGGACUUUCCAUAGUUACUAACUCCCACUCGCCAAUUGUGGUGGUGCUAUCAGGAUCUAUGGAACCGGCAUUCCAAAGGGGCGAUAUCCUGUUCUUGUGGAACAGGAAUGAGCUAAAUAAAGUGGGUGACGUAGUAGUUUACGAGGUUGACAAUAAAGAGAUUCCAAUUGUUCACAGAGUGCUAAGGGAGCACGUAGAUGAGACCUCCGGGAAGCAGUUACUGUUGACCAAAGGUGACAAUAAUGCCGGUAACGACAUCCCGCUGUAUGCCAAGAGAAAAAUAUACCUGCACAAAGAAAAGGAUAUUGUAGGGACCGUUAAGGGCUACAUCCCGCAGCUCGGAUAUAUUACAAUCUGGAUUUCAGAAAACAAAUACGCCAAAAUGGGACUUAUGGGCUUGAUCGCACUCAGUGCAUUGUUGAGCAAUGAAUGA